UUUAUUUACAAUUCCAGAUGAAGUGUUUAAUACUGUUAUCGUUUGUGGUGAUCGCUUUAGCGGCACCAAACGCUCAUAAAGUUACUACCCAGUCUUGCACUGAAGAUGUCUGCAAAGCGCCUGAUUGUAGAUGUUCUUCUACUGAGAUUCCCGGAGGAUUGGACGCUUCCGAAACACCACAAUUUGUUUUCCUGACUUUCGACGAUGCAGUUCGAGCCGACAAUUACGCCAUUUACGCCGAUUCGUUUUAUAACAAAAAAAAUCCAGAUGGAUGUGACAUCGCCGCAACUUAUUUCACGUCCCACGAAUACACCGAUUACAGCAAAUUGAACGAUUUGUAUCAACACGGUCACGAAAUCGCUCUACAUUCAAUUUCCCACUCGGCAUCGACGGAAUACUGGAAGGACAUGUCUUCGGAACUGCUGAACGAGGAAUUCGUGGACGAAAUCACGCUGAUCAGCAACUUUGCGAACAUUCCCAAGGAGAACAUCUACGGACUCAGACUUCCUUUCCUCCAACUUUCCGGAGACAAGAGCUACGAAAUGAUCGAAAAGUCCACCCUAAAAUAUGAUUGUUCUUGGCCGUCUCUAAGAAACAUUCAGCCAGGUCUUUGGCCCUACACAUUAGAUUACCUCUCCACUCAGGACUGUCCGAUUGGUCCUUGCCCAACCGAAUCCCAUCCAGGAGUGUGGGUCGUACCGAUGACCAACUGGUUGGACCUGAACGGAACGGCUUGUUCCAUGGUCGAUGCCUGUCAAGCAAUACCUGAAACCGUAGAUGAAUUGGUGGAACUGUUUAAAGAGAACUUUAACAAAAACUACAAAGGCAACAGAGCACCCUUCGGAUUUUAUGUACACGCAGCUUGGUUCUUGGUUGCGGAGUAUCAUUUGGAGGCCUACAAUAAAUUCGUUGAUUGGUUGGUUUCUUUGGACGAUGUUUACAUUGUGGGAAUAAACCAAGCAAUCGAAUGGGUGAAAAAUCCGGUGCCGAUUGGCUCCUCAAACUGGCCAAAAUGCGUUGAACCGCAACCGACAACUUGUGUGCCCCGCUCGUGUAGAUUGAUAAAGGAGGGCACUGAAGAGCGAUACAUGACGGUCUGCGGGGAAUGUCCGGCGGUGUUUCCAUGGUUGGAUAACCCACUUGGAAAAUAAUUUUGAAUAAAUAAUCAUGUAACCAAUGAAAUUGUUAAGUGUCCGAAAUAAAAAUGAAAACAGA